AUGAGGAGUAGACACAAUCUGCUUCCUGAAAUCAUUUCGAAUCAGCGUGACCGCGUGCGGAGUAUGCUGGCAUAUGACGAUGGCCGUUCCACCGACCCUAACAAUGUGUCCACUUGCAAAGUCCCACUCUGGGAGAUUGUCUAUCCAGACCAGGUAGCGGCUAAUGCUUUGGUGUGCGAGCGUUGCUUCUUCGACGGCAAAGUCCAGGGUAACAAUCCUGACAAUAGCAGUGGAAAGCCUCCGGAACGUAGAGUUGUUGUAACGACCGCAAAGGACAUGCCUCCACUGAAAUGCAAAGUCGGCAAGUAUCCUAGAGACGAAAGCCUUGCGCCGCUGUAG